CUCGGGAAUCCUUUUCCCACCCCCUCGCCCCCCGCGGAGUGCGCACGCGCUCGCCCCCAGCUUCGCGCCCAGAUCGCCGCUCCGCUCGCUCGCGCGCGCAGCCGCCGUCUCGUCUGCCCGCCGAGGAAGCAUGGGUGUCCAGGGCUUCCAGGAGUUCCUGGAGAAGCGCUGUCCCGGGGCCGUGGUCCCCGUGGACCUGCUCAAACUCGCACGCACGGUCUCGCGCCAGCAGCAGCAGUUCCAGCAUUGCCAGCUGCCACCUCAGGUGGCCCUAGCGCCCGGGGCUCCGCGCGUCGCCAGGGGACCCGGUCCUCUACAGCCGCCGCUCCCGCCCCCUGGCUUGGGCGCCUUCGCCGGGGGCGCGGGGCCGACUCGGCACCAUCACCCGCCUCACCACUUCCACCACCAUGGCCCGGGGCAUCCCGGCCUGCACCCGCCGCCCCCGCCGCCGCCGCCCCCUCCCCCUCCGCUUCCAGGGGCUCGAGUGCUGGUAGACGCGGGCUCGGCGCUGCAGCGGCUCUAUGGCGGCUACCAGACGGAUUGGGUGUGUGGCGGCCAGUGGAACGCCAUGCUGGGCUACUUGUCAGCGCUGUGCCAGGCUUGUGCCUAUCCCGGCGGCGAGGGCCUGGAGCUGGUCGUCAUGUUCCCCGGGGGCCUGGGCAAGGACCGGCUAGCCGAGUGGGGCCGUCGGUGCCAGACUGAGCGGCAGACAGCGCAACUGAUCGUGGGACACGUGGGCAACAAGGGCACCCCUCCUCCACGGGCCUGGUUCCUGCCACCGGCCUGCCUGAGCCACUGCGUGAGGCUGGCACUCAUCCGUUUCCGGGUCAAGGUCUUUCAGAGCCUCGAGGACCACCAUUUGGAAGUGGUGGCUUUUUUCAGGGAAAACGGCUUUCAUGGCCUUCUUGCCCAUGACUCCGAGUAUGCUCUCUACAAUAUUCCCUAUUACUACAGUUCCCAUGCUCUGAAGCUGAGCUGGAAUGGGAAGAACCUCACUACCAACCAGUUCUUGAUGCAGGAGGUGGCCAAGCAGCUGGGCCUGAAGCGGAUGAGUUUUCCCAUAUUCGCUGCGCUGCUAGGUAACCACAUUCUCCCAGAUGAGGACCUGGCUGCUUUCCACUGGAGCCUCUUGGGACCAGAACAUCCCCUUGCAUCACUUAAGGUUCGAGCUCAUCAACUGGUUCUUCCUCCUUGUGAUGUGGUGAUCAAGGCUGUUUCUGAGUAUGUUAGUGCCAUCAAAGACCCCUCUGACCUGGAUGUGGUUGGGAAGGAUGUUUUCAAACAGUCUCAGUCCAGGACGGAAGAUAAAAUAGAGCGAUUCAAGAAAGCAGUUGAGUACUAUUCAGUCACAACCAAAAUCUCUUCGAUGCCAGUGGGUUCCUCCUCCUUUCUAGGUUUUCGUAAUAACCGGCUGGGAAAUCCUCCCCUUCCACGAAGUCAAAUGAGCAGUAUUUCUGGGAAGCCAGUGUUUUCUCACCAUGUGCCCCAGAAAAUGAAAUAUCCACCACCAUUCCCAUUGGGACCCAACUCCUCUCUUCUCUUCUCCCCCCAUACUUUGGGGGAAUCCCAUGCUUUUUCUGAGAAUCCCCUGCUGGAGGACAACCCCCUUGCCACUUGGGGUAUCUCUUAUGACUCAUCACAGUUUCCCAAUUACCUGACUUCCAAAGCCUCACCUCCUCUGGGACCAGACUCUUCCCACUCUUCUUCCUCUGGUGAUGAGCCAAACGGAGUCAGCUCUGAUCAUGUCACAGAAACAUUUCAUCGGCAGCCUAGAUGGGAGGAUCCCAGUGGUAACAGAGGUCCCUGGGUACAGCCUGGUGAUGCUGGAGUUUCAGAUGCUGCCCUGGGAGAUGGUGAGCCCCACAUCCCAUCUCUGCUCUCUAUGUCUACGAGGAACCACAUGGACAUCACCAUUCCGCCCUUACCACCAGUAGCCCCAGAAGUUUUGCGGGUGGCCGAACACAGACACCGAAGAGGUCUUAUGUACCCAUAUAUCUACCACGUCCUCACUAAGGGUGAGAUUAAGAUCCCUGUAUGUAUUGAGGAUGAGUGUAACAUGGAUCUGCCACCAGCUGCUCUUCUGUUCCGGUCAGCUCGUCAAUAUGUGUACGGGGUGCUUUUCAGUCUAGCAGAGACACAGCGGAAAUUAGAACGCCUGGCUGUACGGCGACGGCUGCCUGUGGAACUUCCUGCAGUGAUCCUUAAAGAGUGGUCUGCCUAUAAAGGGAAGUCACCUCAAACCCCCGAACUGGUGUCUGCACUGACAUUUCGGGAAUGGACUUGCCCAAACCUCAAGAGGCUCUGGCUAGGCAAAGCAGUUGAGGACAAGAACAGAAGGAUGAGGGCCUUCCUGGCCUGUAUGAAGUCAGAUACACCCAGUAUGCUCAACCCAGCUAAUGUGCCCACCCAUCUGCUGCUCAUGUGCUGUGUGCUCCGGUACAUGGUUCAGUGGCCUGGUGGUCGAAUCCUGUAUCGCCAUGAGCUAGACACCUUCCUUGCCCAGGCUGUAUCUUCCCAGCUUUAUGAACCAGAUCAACUUCAAGAACUCAAGAUUGAGAAACUGGAUGCCCGAGGGAUCCAGCUUGCUGCCCUCUUCAUGAGUGGGGUGGACACAGCUCUGUUUGCUAAUGAUGCCUGUGGCCAGCCAGUCCCCUGGGAGCACUGCUGCCCCUGGAUUUACUUCGAUGGCAAGCUGUUCCAGAGCAAGCUCAUUAAAGCGGGCCGAGAGCGAGUGUCCCUGGUGGAGCUCUGUGAUGGCCAGGCUGAGUUGGCAACCAAAGUGGAAAAGAUGAGACAGAGUAUCCUUGAAGGAGUCAACAUGAACUAUCCACCGCCUUCUGCUCUACUUCCGUCACCUGCUUUUGUGCCUCCCAUGAUGCCACCUCUCUAUCCUGUUUCAUUUUAUCCCCGAGCCAUGGGCUCAAUGCCACCUCCCCCUCAUGGAAGGAGCCGGGGGUUUGCAGGUCUCCAUCCAAUCCCACCCCAAGGAGGAAAACUGGAGAUUGCUGGCAUGGUUGUGGGCCAAUGGGCUGGCAGCAGACCCUCCAGGGGCCGAGGCUUUGGCAUGCAAGUGGUUUCUGUUGGUGGACCAGGAAAGGGGCAUGGAAAAGAACAGACUGGUAGAGGAUUCAAAGGAUCUAAAAAAGGAAAUAAACAAGGCACUUCAGAUGGAGUCUUUAAAUCCCUGGAGCCUCCUCAAAGUCUGCCCCGCUCACAGGUAAAUGGAAACAAUGGCGCAUUGACCAAGGAGGAGAAGAGCGAUCGCCAUCUUCCAGCUCCAUCACAGUGUGCCUUAUCCAGCGAGAACAGCGUGUGCGACAGCGAGAGCCGCUACUUCCCCGUGAAGAACGGCGAGCAGAGCCUCCUGGGAGAGCAAAGCCUCUUGGGAGAGCAAAGCCUGGGAACUGUGGCUCGACAGAAAGAGGAGUGAGAAGCUACCGAUGGCUUUACCAGAUCAGGAAGAGGGGAAAACAUAUACUUGUCUGAUUUUAGGCCCACGUUAGAGGAGCACCUCAAUGCUUACCCUAGAUUUACCCAGGACUUUGUGGCAACGUCCUAUUGUAUCCAUCCUUCUCCCUACCCGGUCUUUUUCUGGGCCUCCAGACCUAGCGGUCUGCUCCUGGGGAAGGUCUGGUCAAAAAUGAAUGGCAACAGGACUGGCUCCUGUUGUCAGCUUUAAUACAAAAUGCCAGUAUUCUCUUGACCUCUCCUGGGAGCCUAGUAAAGUAGUGACCAUCAGAAAUUAAUGUCAUCACAUAAGGCCCUAUGUAGGAAAGUUCCAGCUUUGGUUUGCUGAGUCUUCAACAUGACACUCAUCUAUGAAACCCACGGGGUGGUAGGGACAGCUGCCUAUAUGGCUUCCUAACUUCCUGUUUGCUCUCUGAAGUAGUGAGGCCUUUGUAUGUAACCAGUAUCCACCCCCUCACUCUUUUUCCCCAGUCACCAACCCCAGGUUCUUGUAUGAUUGCCUCUAGUGCUGGCCUGACAAUCAGAUAAGUAGAUGUUUUCAGGGAAGUGAGGUAGUGUUGGCUAUUUUAUUUUAUUUUAUGUUUUAUUUUAUUUUGUAUACUUUUGAAAAACACAAAAACUACCAAUGGCCUUUGUACUAGGGGAUUCAAGUGAGUCAGAAAAGUACUGGGCAGAUUUUUCCUGCCUGUGAACUAAUGCGUUCUUUGUAAAAUAGAAGAUGUGGUGCAGUCCACCCACUCCCUGCUGCCCACGCCCUGAAGGGGUGGGAAUCAGUGUAAUGAAACUGAGUACGAAAGGGAACUCAGAAGACUGUGUCUGUAUGUGUGUGCGCACGCGCGCGUGUAUGUGUGAGUGCAUGUGCACCUUGUGUAUGGGUGUGUGUGGAUGUACAUAUGAAUAUGUGUAUCUAUAUGCAUACACAUACCGUUUAUAUAAAGAGACAGAUCUAUUUAUCUAUACGUAUUUUAUAUAUAAGUAUAUGUAUAUGUGUGUGCAUAUAUCUGUAUAUCUAUUGAUCUGUCUAUGUAAAUAGACAGAUCAAUAGAUAUAGAGAUAUGUGUAUGCAUGCAUACAUACGUGGUGAUGUCCCAGAGGAUUUACUGAAUUUCCCAGAAAUGCUUCCACUGCUAUGGAGUGGUGGGUUUCAAAAGACCACACUUGAAAAUCCUUACUAAGUCACAGCCCAUCACAAUUAUAAGGAGAUGGGCUUUUCUCUAAAGCAGACAAAAAGUACUUUCCGGAGAUUGCCUGUUCAGAACAACAAACAGUUGGGUUGUCACAAGCUUAAUCUUGAACCGAGCCCUCACAUCCCAUAUGGUGAAAAGAGGAGGUUGGAAUAGGAUUGGGAAGAUUCGGGCAUUUCCUCAUGUGAAGGAGCAGCCUGGAUUGGAGACCAAGAGGGGGUGGGAGGUGAUGACCAGAGCUUGCAGCCAAUUUAGAGGAAGUCUCAUCUGGAACUCCACUAUCAAACUGGCCUCAGGCUAGAAUCAAUUGCCAGGACUAGCUGAGGGAGAGAGGACUGGCAUUGGAAAGGUGGUAUAGGAAAGUGUGAUGAAAUUGACAAUUUGAUUUUACAUGCCUAGAUUAUUUCAUUUGUUCAUUGAUAUUUUGACUACGGGAAUCUUUUCAUUUGCUUUGCAAGGAAGACUUCAGAGGACUCUGGCCUGGGCCUUUAGGAAGGAGUAUUCUGGAAAAGGUUGCCAGCCCUGCGCAAGGCCAGAAUCUACCCAGGACAAAGAGGCUGUUCCUCCUUGUCAGAGAUACCCUUGAGACAACCUUGCACUUCCAGUUUCCCUCCUCAGCAGUCUGAGUCUGAGGGAUGGGAACGUGGCUUGCUACAGAUUAGCGUUCUAUCUUCAUUCAAGAAUUGAGGCCUUCAGCCUCACACACCUCCUUUUGGGCUUUGUGAUAUCCUUGCCCAAGAAGUACUUUUUCUAUAGGAAUUCACCUGACUAGACUUCGAUCAGGGUUCUCUCUUUUUGAAAAACCCCAUGCACUUUAACCCACUGCAGGUCCUUGAUGAUUUUUUCCCAGACAACCAGAAGGCUAUUUGCUCACUGCCCACUUACAAUUGGUGUAUCAUGAGAGAUUGAAGUCCGUUUCAGACUGUUUAAUCCUAGUCUGGCCCAAUUUAAGAGAACCUACAAUCUGCAAGGGGAGGGAGCCCUAAAAUGCCUCUCCCCCUGCCCAGACACUUCUGACAUAAACCAAAGCAGGAUGACAAGAGUGCACACCAAGCCAGAUUUAACCAGGAACAAAGCGUACAAAAAACACUCUCUUUGAAAUCAGCUCCCCUAAUUUGGUGCCCCCUCUUCUCCUGGACCUGCCUAACCUGUAACAACAUCGUGAAGGUUGGGACUUCUAUAUCCAGCAGGAGAGGGAUUUAGUAGUGAAUGGCUUGGAAAUUUCUUUCUGGAGCCACAGGGGGAGGUAUCCUUAGGAGCUCGGGAAGUAACCAGAGUCACUGAGCUGUGUUAAAUUAAAUCUGUCUAGAUCUCCAUUAUCUAAUAGGAAGUAUUUGCAGUUACAUGGAAAGGUAUUUUCUUCUGUUGCUGUUUCUGCUCAUCUUGAAUCUAUUUGAUACAAUCAAACGACAGUAUUGUAAACUCUUACAGCAUGAAGGACAUUUCUUAUUUUGUAGGCAUUCACUGUGAGAAUUGCUGCUUUGACGGGUGAUUCCAGUUUGCCAAAAGGCUUGCUUUUCUCCCUUCCACAGACCUCUUCUUGCUCCUAGGCUGGCCCAGGGUGAAGCAAGUGGCUCAAUUCCAACCUUGAUUUUUAUUUACAUUCAGCGUUUGGGGUUUGGAAGGUUACCAAAAAAGAACCAUAAAGAGUCAUAUUCAUACGUUUUCAUUUAUCUGCCAAAAUACACAAUUUGGAAGCCAGAAAGACUAAGGUUCAUUACUGGGAGAUGAACUUUUUUUCUAAUUGGAGGACAAAUUGGAGAAGGCAGAUUUGAUCUUUGCCAUGAGUACCACUUUAAGAGGCGGUCAUCCUUCAUUUGAGGUUCCUUUUUUGACGAUAAUGUGGCUUAAACAGUCAUAAAGGAACCCCCAGGAAUGACCCCUUUACCUUAUAGGGCCACAAGCAAAAGCCCCCCUGGUUAGUUAUAGACACUGAUCCCCAAGAACUUGCAGUUCUGAUUGCUGCAGGUGAGCCUUGGGAUCAACCUAUGACUCCCACCCUUACUGAGUGGCCAGUCUGAUCUAGACCAGGUCUGACAAACUUCUGCUCACUUGCAUCAUUUCAUUCUGAACCAGUAGAACUUGGGGUAGACUCUAAAGCCCAAGAAAUGGCACUUGCUUUAGCUAGUGACAUUUUAUUUUUGUCUCCAUCUUGAUUUUCUGGCAUUGUUGGCCAAGUCACACUAACUUUUUUUGAUCACUGUGGAAAAAACAGCCAGACAAGGCAUUAGGGAGGAUGAUUAAGGUAGGGGGAGGGGAGAAGUGUUUAUGUAGGCUAGAAAGAAUGUGGAAGUCACUGGUUCUAGUGAUCCAGUCCAUGGGACCCACAGAAGGCUCCUUUAAGACCCCCUCCUUUGAAAUGACAAUACAAGUAGACCACAGUUUAAAGUAGUUAGUAUAAUCCUACUAAGGUUUAAUCAUUGUACUUGUUCACUUCCUGAUGCAUAUUUGCUAAAUAUGCUUGGGGUUUGGGGGCGGGGGGGUAAGUUUUCACUGUUCCAUUGUGUGUCGCCCUAUAUUUUCCUCCCUCUCGUGACUUUGGCAUUUUCUUGGAUUCGGCUUUCCAAUUCUCUCUUUCCUUGGCUUAUUGCAGUAGUCUGCUGGUGCAGGUAGAGCUCAGUGUACCUAUUCCCCCGUACUGAUUAUUAUCUUCAGUAUUGCCACAGGUUGUUUUGAUGUUCUAAGAAGAUAACUUCAUUUUUUUACAAAAGCAUUUUUCCCAAGUUAAAAGCAAAAUAAAAUUCCCCUCGUGCUAGGGUGCCCAUUGCAGCUUCUGAUGUUGCCAUUGUAUUUCUAUUGAUGUUCUUUUUGUCCGUGUUGGUAGUAACUAAUGACUAGUGAAUUUUCAUGUAAAUGAAGCAAAUUAAACACUUCAGAUUUUCUCUCGAUAAACCCUGCCAAAUCUGAUGACUUCGUUUUAGUUACUUCCCAGAAGAUACCUCCCCUCCUGUCUUUUAUUUUAUUCUGUUCUAUUUUUAGAAUAACAUACUUGGUAAAAAAAAAAAAAAACGUAACCACAAGGAGCCAAUGUGUUUUUUUGUGUGUGUGCUCCCUGAUAAAUGAUGUUAUUGACAAAAGUAAGAAAUUCUUUCAUUGUUUUUUUCCUGUGUUAAUAUCUCUUCUCCUGUGCUCUUGACAGUGUGAUUAGUGGAUGGAUAAUAUGUAUUUCUCUUUCCCACUUCCAGAUUCCAAAUUCCCUGCCUUUUUGGCCCACCUCACCACAAAAGCUCCAUAGUUUAUUAAUGUAAGUUCGAAUGGAUGCUUCUUAGGGGAAACUAGAGGAGGUAAUGGAAGUGUUUCAGAAAGGAACGAAAAUGUCUCAGGAGUUGUUCUGUGAUGGAAAUUGGUCUGUUGUUCUGUUAAUUGCGAUGGAAAGAAACUUACAGUGCUUAAUAAAAGUUUAUUCUUUUAGUAAAAAAUUGUUAAAUAA